AUGGAUCUAGAAACGGCGCUAGAACGCAUCGAGAAGGACGUCUACGAUAUUGAAGCACACAACAGCGCUCUGAAAGAGCUCCAGGAGCUGGGAGAGCAGGAGUCUCUGCUGGGUCUACUGGCCCAGAGCUAUGCUAACGUCUAUGUGGAUCCCAAGUUUGUAAGCCUCCCAGAGUCAGCCGACGACGAGUCUGUUGAGCAAUUGAAACAAAUUUUCGCUAGUCCGCCUCCUACCAGUCUCCUGUGGCAUAUCAAGUAUAUCCAACUGCUGUCACUAGUAGGAGACUCAACAGCACUGUUGAACGCCUUUAAGCGUCUAUUCACAUGGCACUACCGACCUAGAGGCGCACGAAUGUUGUGGGAGGAAGUGGCAGCCCACUUCACCAAGCGACUGGACGUUGACUCCGACAAGCAGCUGUUCAGAGAGGCCUAUGAGUUUGUGCUGGGACUACCUCACUUUCAGCACGAACUAACUUUCUCAGAGUACAAGGACUUUCUGCACAACCAGUUCAAUGAGACUGCACCCAAAAACCAGGCUUAUAAGGCAGCUGUGAAGCUCAUUGGAAAGAUCGAACAGGAUGGAGGAGAGUACAUGGUGUCUCAGAGGUUCUACAAUAACCAGAACGACGCCAAGUUAGUGCUAGGAUGCAUGAUGGAAAGUGCUGAGGAUGUGGCUUUUGACCCCAGAGCAUGUGAACAGGUUUUGCAGUAUCUGGGUCAUGUGGAUCUCAGAAAACUCAAGCUGUUCAAGGGUAUUAACAUCCAUAUGGCUAUGAAGGAGGUGGCUACGCUGGCCGUCAGAUUCUUCCCCAGAGAUGGAAAGUCGUGGUUUAACGCAGCGCUAGUGACUCCGUCCACAGAUGUUGAGGUUGUUUUGCAAGCUCCCAUCUACGAGGAGCCUUCUAACGACACAUACAUUGACUGGUCAUGGCUAGUUCGAGCAAGAUUGUUGCAUUUGGACAGCGGAGGCGUGGAUCUCGUGGAAGGGUUCAUUUCCACAGUGGAAACAGCCCAGUCAGGUGACGUUUCAGUCGAAAAGGCCAUUAUUGGAUACUAUUUGAGAGUGGGGCAGAGCGUCGAGUUCAUUCGUGAUAAGUUUAAGCAGUUAACGAGAUUCAAGCCAUAUUCUCUUGACCUCUGGCUCAUGUGGAUCGAUUGGGAACGUCGUUAUCCUAAAGAUACAAACUCCAUUCAGCAAGUGUAUCAGCAGGCACUCAAGCAGGUGUCUAAUGGUGAUUUUGAAGACGGUAAACCCAUUGUCGAGUCUUACCAGAACUAUCUUAGCGGAGAAGGAGCCACAGCUGUUCACAGUCUUUCCAGCAACUAUUUCAAUGCUGGCUUCUUUGUUGAUGAUCGUGCUGAGAAGGAGGAACCUCACUCUAUGGAGGUUGAUUCAGUGGCUACUCCUGCAGAGCACACGGACGCUCCCGUCAAGUCUACCGUUGCCGAGCCUACUCGAGACCGCGAGCAUCUGACCGUCAUCAUGGCCAAACUGCCUGAAGGAACAACCGAAGAGCAAAUCAACACAUUCUUCAGCGAGUGUGGAGAACCGCGGAACUCCAUCUUGAACCUGCCCUUUGCAGUGAUUGAGUUUUCAUCCCAUGACGAGAAACUGGCUGCUCUGACCAGAGACCACAAGAAGCUUGGGGACCAGGAAGUCAGAGUCACUGACGGUUACCAUACUACAGUUUACGUGACCAACUUUGCUGUGGACGACAAUGAACAGACGCUUCGAGAACAGUUUGGCGCGUUUGGAGAGAUUGCCAGUGUUCGGCUACCUUCCCUUAGUGUGCACAAACACCGCCGGUUCUGUUACAUCCAGUUCACUACUUCUGCUGCUGCCGAGGCUGCUGUGCAGUUUGGUAAAGAUAACGAUAGCGGUAUAGUGGUGGAGAUUUCGGAUCCGUCCCGAGCCAAGAAGGAGAAGAAGGAGAAGGAGUCCAACCCUGAGAGCACUGUAUAUAUCAGCCGGCUCAAUUACGAUACGUCUGCGGAUGAGAUUGAGGCAGCGUUUGGGGAGUUUGGCAAGGUGACCAACCUGACCAUCCCCAACAAGGGUCAGGAUCUGGGCACCAAGAAGAACCUGGGCUUUGCUUUCCUCUCCUUCAGCACUGUUGAAGCUGCAAAGGAGAGUCUGAUACUUAAUGGCUCCGAUAUCCUUGGUAAGAAUCUCUUGGUGUCGAUCGCCGACAAGCCACGAAAUAAGCGGUCUCGUCCUGCUCUGGUCUCCGUCUCCAAGGACCGAUUUGUGCCACGUAAGAGGAAGGUUUUGGGAGCUUCGAGGGAUGCAAGGGGUUCUCAAGGUGGUGCUUCUCCUUCUGAAUCAACGGUUGUCUCUUCGAGUGUGAGCGGCAACCGUUCGACGGAAGCUAAACCGGAGGGCGCAUCCGCCCCUAAAAGUAACUCCGAUUUCCGGUCCUUCCUGAAGUAG